UUCUCUUUCACACUGCGUUCUUCUUCUUCUUCUCGCUCACCGGUUCUGUCAAAAGAAAUAUCAGAAUUGAUGCUUUUGCCUGGCUUCAAAAAAAAGUAUUGAUGCUUUUGGUGUUGGUUUUACAUUUACAGAGCAAACGCGGUCCAUCACCAAAUGAACUCAACGAACGUAGGUGACAGCAGUCUGUGACAGAAACUCUUCAACGCUCACGGUGCCUAAUUCCUCACGCAUCGUCAAUUAUAAAUCUGGAAUGCCAUUCAAAAUUCUUUUCCUAAAGAAUCGAUUUGUUAUUCUUAAGCAAAUAUCAGGAUCAUCACCACCGUGGUUUGGUCUUUGCAAAAGAUUCAAUUUUUCUUCGCAAGCUGAUUCUUGCAGCUGGGUUCAACACAACCAGUUGUUUCAAAGGCACCCCAGAUUGCAAAUUAUCGAGAAACAAUGCAUGAAAACACUUCAUCAUCUCAAGCAAUUUGUUGCUUACGUAUUUGUAUCGGGUCUUCACCGCAACCCGUUCAUCAUGGGUCAUAUACUCUAUUUGAGCUUGAUUGAAUCGAAAGAAUGUGACCGCAUCGAAAAUUCGGAGUUUGGGAUUCAGAUCUUCAGUAGGAUGGAAAGACCCAACAUUUUUUCUUGGAAUACGAUGAUUAGAUUCUUCGCAGGCUUCGAUCCAGCGAUUGCUCUACAUUAUUACACCAAAAUGCUGAGAGAAAAUAUGCUCCCCGACAAAUAUACAUUCCCAUUCUUGCUCCAGGCUGGCGGGCCUAGUUUGGAUUUGGGAUUUGUGAAACAAGUUCAUUGCCCCGCCCUCAAACUGGGUUUUGAUCAAUGUUUAUUUUUUCAGAAUUCCGUCCUUAACGCUUAUGCAAUCCGGGAUUCGUCGAUAGAUGCACGAAAGGUGUUUGCUGAAAUGUCUGAGAGAGAUAUUGUUACAUGGACAAGCUUGAUAUCAGGACUCGUCGCGCAAUCCAGUUAUGGUGAAGCACUUGGAGUUUUCCGAAAUUUGAUGGCUGAAGAUUGUGAGCCGCAGCCAAAUGUUGUCGCAAUCAUCUCUACAAUGUCAGCUUGUGGCGGUCUAGGAUAUGCAAACCUUACCAAAUGCUUGCACACUUUCUUAGAGAAGGCUGGAUGGAUGGAAACCGAUGUAUCCGUUGCUAAUUCUCUGAUUGAUGCCUAUGCAAAAUGUGGAGACUUGAGCAACGCAGCCAGAGUUUUCAACGAAAUUCAGAAUGUGAAGAAGGAUUUGUAUUCUUGGACGGCCGUUAUCACAGCAUACGGUAUGCAUGGCCGAGGACUGGAUGCGCUGCGCAUGUUCUCUCAAAUGGAGCAACUCCACGGACUUGUGCCCGAUGCUGUGACCCUUGUCGCGAUUCUUUCAGCAUGUGCGCACUCUGGCCUGCUCGACCAAGGUCUAUCCAUUUUUGAGUCGAUGAGCAGAAAGCACAGGAUUGAGCCUGAUCUUCGGCACUAUGGAUGCCUUGUUGACCUCUUGGGGAGAGCUGGGAUGAUCGAACGAGCUUAUAGUGUAGUUGAGAGUAUGCCGAUGGAGCCUAAUCUGACUGUGUUGGGAUCUUUGCUGAGUAGUUGUAGGCUUCAUAAUGAGUUGGAGUUUGGUGAAGCUGUUUUGAGAAAGAUGGAGGCGUUGAAGGAGAGAGGAGGAGCCGCCGUGCUCGCAUCUAACAUGUAUGCGAGUAAGAAGGAAUGGGAUAGAGUGAUUGACAUAAGGAAAGAGAUGAGAGAAAGAACGCAGGGAAAGCUUCCUGGUAGAAGCUGGAUUCAGAUUAAAGAUGCAGUUCAUGAGUUUGUAGCAAGAAAUGAUUUUGAUCCACAAGCUACGGAAUUGCACAUGCUCCUUCAAAGUCUGGAAAAGAUCUCGAUAUUGUUGUAAGUGUUUUAGUAAUGUCUCUCAAUUUGAUUACAAUGUUAAGGUUAUAAAACAUUUAGUUGAGAGAAAAGAAUGCUAAGAAAACACAACAUUUAGUUGAGG